CGCGGCACGUAUCCACACCCCUAAAACUUGUUCUAAUUUUCUGCUUGGAGGAAGCGGCGCUUUCCUCCCCCUGUCGCUCUUUACCGCGGGCAUACAAAAUAACUAACUAACUAUUCGGUUGUGGGAAAACUACGCAAUUGUCGUCCCAGAAGAUUGAGAAAUCGUUUCGGCAGAAUAGCACGUUGUAACAACAUAGUUGUAAGAAGAGACGCCAGAGUGGAUCGUUUUGAGCUGGAGUAGUCUGUUUUGUUUACAUUGGGAUUGUUUUGAUGCGGGGUGUUUUCACGGAGACGUCUUUGCGUGGAAAACGACUAUAAAUGCUGAAACGAUGGCAAUGCAGGCCAAUGUGAUUUACGACUUCAGUGCUGAACCAGGAAACAACGAGUUGACAGUCAGAGAAGGAGAGACCGUCACCAUCCUCAACCAGAUUGUUGGUGGAGGAUGGAUAGAGGCUCAGAACUCCAGAGGAGAAAGUGGGCUGGUGCCGGAGGACUAUUUACAGGUUAGUACACCAGAGACGGCUACCUCUCCUAAUGCCUACAGCCCAGAGCCCACCAACAGCACUAACACUCAGGUUGCUAACGGUGACAACCCUUGGUCUGGGGGAGGAGCUUACACCAAUGACACAACCGGGGGAUGGGACACCCAGGGAUACACACAGACUCAACAGAAUGCAGGUGAUGAUGAUGGUGAGUGGGAAGAAGAGUGGGAUGAUGCCAGAUCAACAGGGGGUUAUGGUGACACUACAGGGGAGGAGGAAGGAGGGGCGACAGGACGCAACACACACUCACACAUGAAGAUAUCCAUCAACAAGUUUGCGUUCUCUAAGACCCCCAACCCAGAGGUGUACCUGCUGGCUAAACUACCGCCUAAAGGCAACGACAGACUGGCCAUUUACAUGGGAGAUGUGGGGCCAGUGUGGCUGUAUCCCCAGUCUCCCCUUGACUGUGUCGUGGCUGAUCCUAAAAAAGGCUCUAAGAUGUACGGUCUGAAGAGCUACAUUGAGUACCAGGUCACACCCAAUACGACCAACAGACCUGUCAAUCACAGGUAUAAGCAUUUUGAUUGGCUGUAUGAGCGCCUGUUGGAGAAGUUUGGUUCCGCCGUCCCAAUCCCCUCGCUGCCUGACAAACAGGUCACAGGUCGUUUUGAGGAGGAGUUUAUCAAGAUGAGGAUGGAGAGACUGCAGGGCUGGAUGUGUCGGAUGUGUCGACAUCCUGUCGUCUCCAACAGUGACGUCUUCCAACUCUUCCUCACGUACAGAGACGAGAAGGAGUGGAAGACCGGGAAGAGGAGAGCAGAGAAGGAUGAGUGUGUUGGACCAAUGAUCUUCUCCACCAUCGACCCUGAAGCUCCUGAGUUGGACCUUAUAGAAGUGGAGCAGAAGUGUGAGUUGUUCAGUAAGUUCACUAAGGAGAUGGAUGAUGGCGUUAAAGACCUGCUGAUCGUUGGGAACCUACACUGGAAACGCUGCACAGGCUCUCUGCGUAAGGAGUACCAGAGGAUUGGGAAGGCCUUUCAGAACCUGUCAUCUGUCUUCAACACCAGUGGAUAUGCAGGAGAGGCCACGCUCACAGACGCUCUCACAGCUGCAGGGAAAACGUAUGAGGAUAUCGCACAGAUCAUAGCCGAGCAGCCGAGAAAAGACCUUCAUUUCCUGAUGGAAACCAACAACGAAUACAAAGGACUGCUAGGCUGCUUCCCUGAUACUAUAGGUGUACACAAGGCGGCUAUAGAGAAGGUAAAGGAAGGGGAUAAGAUGGUGGCAGCAGGGAAGAUCACCACUCAGGACAAAGUGACCAUGGCCAAACGCACCAGCAUCAUGUCCUACUCACUACAAGCUGAGAUGAAUCACUUCCAUAGCAACCGUAUCUAUGACUACAACAGAGUCAUGCAGUUCUACCUGGAAGAACAGAUCAGGUUCUAUGAAACGAUUGCUGAGAAGCUGAAGCAAACCCUGGGCCGGUUUACCACACUGUAAAGGGAAACGCACACAAACAAACCUUGUUCCUCUCCUCUCUGCUUCGUGGACCAACAACCUUAAACUGGAUGGACUGGUGUCUGGAUGAUCUAGUUGGAAGACUGAGUCACCCUGUGCCUUUUUAACUACAUGAGGAGCUAAAUAUAAUAAUAAUAUAUGUUAAUGUUACAGUGCAGAACAACAUGUUAAAUGUUUCAUAACCCUCUAAUUUUGCCUUAUCUCAUUUAUUUAUAAUAUAGAUGUAUGCAAUAUUUAUAUUUAAUGUUUACUUUGUUUGGAUGUUUUCUCUUUGUCUUAUUAUUCUUAUUCUGGAUAAUGUGAUUUAGAGAGGAGAGAGGGGAGACAGAGAGGGGAGACAGAGAGGGGAGACAGA